AAGAGUAAUAAAUUAAAACCUAUAUAUGAUUGAUUUUAAUGUUAGUUGUUCUUUUGGUAAUGUAUAUCUAUUUUUUGACAUAUAAAUAAUAAUGAUUAUUACAAAUAAUUUUAAGUUAUAAUAAAAUAAAUAAUUUAUUAUAAUUUUAUUUAUUUUUAUUUUUUUAAUUUAUUUAUUUUUUUGGAGAAAGUAUAAAAUGGAAGAAAAAAAAAAUAGAUGAUAUCAUUUUAAAAUAAAAAAACAGAAAUAUUUUAUUAAAUAAAUAUACUUUACAACUAAGUUAAUUAAUUAUAAAAAAAAAAGGAAAAAAAAUAAAAAAUGAAAUUAUUAAAAACUUUAUUAAUUUUGGCAACUGUUUUAUUUUUUGUAAAUAAUGCAUUUUCAAAAACCCUUUUAAAAACCAACUAUGCUGAUACCAAAUGUACCAAAGGAAAAGAAUUUUCUUAUACAAUGGUUGAAGAGUGCUCUAUUGUGGGAAGAUUCCAACUUAAUAAUACUCAUGUUAUCUGGUUUGAUGAACAUGGCGCAAAAACCAAAUCAAAACCAUUUUGCAACAAUAUGGACAACUCUACAAUUGCACAACCAUUAAACAAAUGUAUUGUAAGUGGAAAAGCAGCAACAAAGUACACAAUUUUAAACAACAAUGAACCAAAACGUUCAUCCGGUGUUUGUGAAUAUUACUUUUACCCAGAUAGCAAAUGCUCCUCAACGUAUGCUUACAAAGAUGUUUUAUUCAACAAUGCAUGCUUUAUUGAUGCCAAUAACAACUAUAAAUAUACUUCUUGUAAUGCCACCCAUAUCUCUGACUACAUUUGUGAAGAUGCUGCCUGUAAGAAGAAUUGUAAAAUUAGAGGAACAAUCAUCAAUGGUCCACAAUCAUGUGGUGCUUUCAAACGUAAUGGUUUUGAUGUAUAUCGUUCAUUCAAAAAAUACUAAACUCUAAAAUAAAACUAUUAACUAUGUUGAUAUUAUUGUAUAUUCCCAAAUAUAUGUAUUAAAUAAAUACUUUACAAUAUUUU